AUGGAAUUCUACUUGGAGAUCGACCCUGUCACCUUGAACCUGAUCAUCCUAGUUGCAAGCUACGUCAUCUUGCUCCUGGUCUUCCUCAUCUCCUGCGUGCUAUACGACUGCCGAGGCAAGGAUCCCAGUAAGGAGUACACGCCCGAGGCCACUCUCGAGGCCCAGCCCUCCAUCCGGUUGGUGGUGAUGCACCCAAGUGUCCCUGGGCCCCACUGGCCAAAGGGGCCUGGCCUUUCUUUGGGGGAUCCUGCUCCACUAGGAAAGAAAAGCACCAUGGUAUGA